UACAUAGGCUACCAACAAACGUACAUGUGCGCCACAUAGGCUACCAACACCACACAGAUCUCCCCAUAAAUGACCGAGACCUUGAGAAACCAAGCAACCUACCAACCGACAAACAACCAAUUCACCAAACAACCAACCUAUCGACAACCAACCAACCAUCUUUUAAACGCAACUACUGGAACGUCGGGGCCGACAAAGAAACUAACAGACGAACACUCAGGAAAAGCUAAGCAACAUGAAAGUACGGGGCAGUGAACUGGAAAUGUCUAGAAGUAGACCAGAAGUUAGAGAAGACUCCACGACGAGCAGUCGUAGGGAGCGGAAUGGGUCAAGCCCGGAUUUGGUUGUUGUUGGCAAUGUCAGAGGGAAGAAGUUGCGCUUCAAUCCUCUUCGUAAUAACGUGGCGUCAGCUCUGUGCAAGAAGCUACGUAUAAAGCCGGAGAAAUGUGAAGUCCCCUCAUCCACACGGUGGGGUUCGUUAGGAGCUCCAUGUAAGAAUAAGGAAACAGAAGCCGAUGGAAACUGUUUCUUUAGAGCCCUCAGUCAAACUGUGUGCGGCAGCCAGAAGCAUCACCUGAGGUUUCGACUGGCUGUGGUCAAACACCUGGAAAACAACGCCGCGGCUUAUGAGAGUAUUCUGCGCAGUAAUUAUUCGUCAAUGGCCGAUUAUUUGGAGGCAUCUCAAAUGCCUUAUUUGGGCAGCUGGGCGACGGAGGUCGAGAUUCAAGCAGCUGCUGACUGUUUUGGCAUCAAUGUAUUCACCUUCUGCGAUGGCCAAUGGCUGGAGUACAGCUGCAGUAAGAAAGCCAGGUCCAGGCAGGGUGUGUAUUUGGAAAACUGUGAUGGCAACCAUUAUGAGAAUGUUGUUUGUGUUCAGCGACCCCGCAAACAGGGAUGUUACGGGUACUGUAGAGUCGCGCAUGUCGUUCUGGAAGGUACGACGUUCAAAAGUACAAGAGAAUAAGUUCGAGAAAGAAGGGCUUUUCUUGAUUAAGUCAAGUCAUUAUGAUUUGUAUCGCCCAAAUAAGCUAAUUUGACUUUUAUUGAAUAUCACCCUGAAUUCUUUUUAUGAGGGUUGAGUUGUAUACAGUUUUUGUCUAAACUUGAGUUUUGUGUCAGAAGUAUUAUAUGUAUAUACACUGUUAAAAAAAAAAAAAAAAUCUGCUGUUUUUACGGUAAAGUACCGGCAGCCGUGGUUGCCGAAAAAGUGCCGUAAAAUACUUUCUUCA